AUGCAACCAAGCUACGAAUGCACCCUCUGCGAUACAUUCGCCCGCCCCUUCUGCUUCACAGACCAUCCCCGCCUCCUCAUCCCCCAGGUCCCCUACCUCCACUACAUCGGCCCCCUCGCCCACAGGGCCUCUUACCAAGAAGAGCUCCACCGAGCAGCCGACCCAUCAUACGACGAAUAUUUCCCACUAAAUACAGACGAAAAUGGCCUGCCCCUGGUCUCUCUCCCCGGUCGUCCACAGGGAAGUAUUGGGGCGCGCCCACCAACUCCGGAUCCGGGGCCGGGCCCGCUGACGCGUGAGGAUGAGGACGCCCAAGCGCAGUGGGUGGUGUUAACUCCGGAGUUCGCACAGCAGGCUGUGUCUCCUAUUGCUAAUGCCAUUGAGCCUGCUGACGAAGAAGGUGCAGCCGAAGAUACGGAAUACGACUACGACUCAGAUGACUCCAUGACCUUCCCCGGCCGGCCCACCGCGACGCCAGACGAACUGCGACACCUGCGCGACCGCGUUGUGUCUGAGCUUGACCUGGCAAGAGGCGAGUUUGAGCGGUACACGCGUGCGUCGGGCACGGCUGCGGCGUCGUUGGUUGACCUGGCGCGGGACGUCCAUGGGGUUGAGGCGAUGCUUGCGGAGGCUGAGAGCCCUGGGCCUGAGACAAUUCUGUUGGCUGAGGAGAGCGUCGCGCAGUUAACGGCCCGUUUCGACGAUAUGUUGACAGUCUAUAUGCGGGUUCAGAGGAGGUUGGAUGAGUUGGAGGCCGAGAUUGCGGAUGGGGAGUUUUGUUUGGAGCAUUUGGAUGCGAGGAUGGGGGAGUUUGGGCGUGAACCGUAA